GUUGCUGCAGCCAUUGCGUUCUCAGGGAAAGGAAUCUAGGUGCGGCCCUCUCCUCCCUAGGAGCUUUUCUGCUGAUUAAAAAGGCCGGGGCUUACUCACACCUCGCUUGCUCACACACAAGCCCUGCUGAAGGAAACUUUCUUGAAGAAGAUUCCAUCCAGUCCCUCAGGCUUGUCCGUUUUUGUUGUUGCUGCUGCUGCUGCUGCUGAAGAUUGUCCGGGCAAAAUGGUGAGGUGCGGCCUGGCCUGUUGGCGCUGUAGAUGGCUACUGCCUCUGCUCUUGGGUUUAGCGAUCAUCCAAGGCAUAAUCGCUUUGGCUGGCCGGGGUUGGCUGGAGUCGGCGUCGUUCCCCUAUGUCCGCCAAGCCUCUCUGUGGUCCGACUGCAUCAAACAAGGGCCAGAUGAUUACAACUGGAUGUGCAAUUCUCUCAUGGACUAUAGCUGGGGUAGAGCUGCAGCUGCUACAUUCCUUGUGGGCUUUGUCCUCGUGGUCAUCUGUUUUAUCCUGGCAGUCAUCGCAUUUUCUAUUGAAAUAUUAAGGUUUAACUUUGUUCGAGGAAUAGGAGGCCUUCUCUUCGUUGCUGCGGCUUUCCUAAUUAUAGGUUUGGUGAUCUAUCCCGUCAAGUUCACAGAAGAGAUUCAGUUGACAGGAGACAACAUGUUCAGUUGGGCCUAUGGCUUUGGUUGGGGUUGCGCUGUUAUGGUGAUAGGAUGUGCAUUCUUCUUCUGCUGUCUUCCCAACUGGGAAGAUGAAGUCCUGGGCAACAUAAAGCCCCUCUACUAAGGUGCAGAGGGAAUUCGAUGCGGAUCUGAAAAGAUUAUUUGAAUAAAUGAUACAAACAAUGUUGUUUUUGCUUUACAUGAAAAAUCAGAA